GUCCGCAGAUUGUUGACGUCAACAGAUCAAAUAUGGCAGCUGUGUAGCUCAUGUACAUUUCCGUGUUUUACCCUGUCGCUGGAAUUUUUGCAACGACUCCUGCCAUUGCGCCCCUUUCUUGCCAUACUAAUUGGCAGAUUUUACGUAAUGGCAUCUGCCAAUGAGAACGUGCGAGUCCCAGCAGGUGUUAGUUCUGGAUUUGGGAGUAAAGGGUCGGGGAAGAAGGCUACACAUUGGAAGAAGAAUUCGGAGCGCCUGCCCGGCAGUAUUAAACCUGUGUACAGUGCCAAAUAUCCACCCAGUGAAAUCUUCAACCAAACGCAAAUGAGGGACCAGGCCGGUGUCAAAGCCCGUCCCAAACAAAAGGACGCUUUUGCUGCCUUCGACAGCAAGACCAGUGAUGCCUGGGAAGUGAACGACGAGGAGCUGUUGAUGCUGAAAGCCCGAAAGCUGUCCCUGGAGAAACAGCGGACUGAGCAGGCAGAGCGGGCCGCCCAGCAAGCCCGGGCGCUUGAGGCAAGAAUCCGGCCCGACGACGAUGCGGCGGGGUCGAUGAGCAGAGAUGUCUCAGAAGGGAGAGCAGAGUCUCAGGAAACCCCACCAUCCUCCCCCUCGUUACGGUCCGGGGUUCCUGGCCUAGCUGUCCGGCAGAACUCUGACCUUGAGGCUCCCAUACCUUCCUCCCCAAUUAGAAUCAGCCCAAUGCCCAUGCCGGCCAGGGAAGUGGGCAAGCUAGCCAAGUUCAGACAGCUCCUGAGUGGCCUUAACACUGAACUAGAUGAACUAAAGAAGCUUAGCUGGUCUGGAAUUCCCAACGCUGUCCGUCCCACAGCUUGGAAACUUUUAUUGGGUUAUUUACCAACCAACACGGACAGACGAGAGCUGACGUUAGAACGGAAACAAGAGGAAUACUUUGGCUUUGUGGAGCAGUACUACGGCACAAGGACCGACUCGUUACACAGGGACAUGUUCAGGCAGAUCCACAUAGACAUCCCAAGAACCAACCCUCUAGUCCCAUUGUUUCAGCAACCAAAAGUACAAGAGAUUUUUGAACGAAUCUUGUACAUCUGGGCCAUUCGACAUCCUGCCAGUGGGUAUGUGCAAGGCAUCAACGAUCUCGUCACACCCUUCUUUGUGGUAUUCCUCACUGAACAUACAGCUGAGAAUGUAGACGUCACAGAAGACUUUGACAUCUUGACGUUAGCAUCAGACAAGAUUCGCGAGGUGGAGGCGGAUACAUUCUGGUGCAUGAGCAAACUAUUGGAUGGCAUACAAGACAACUACACCUUUGCCCAGCCGGGAAUUCAGGCAAAGAUCAACUCACUCAAAGAGCUUGUGCAAAGAGUCAACGCUCCUUUGCACCAUCAUCUGCUCAACCACCAAGUCGAAUAUCUCCAGUUUGCCUUUCGCUGGAUGAACAACUUGCUCAUGAGGGAACUGCCUUUGAAAGGAACGAUACGCCUCUGGGACACCUACAUGAGCGAACCUGAGGGUUUUGCAGUGUUCCAUCUCUACGUCUGUGCUGCAUUCCUCAUCAAAUUUGCCGAUGCCGCCAUGAAAGAAAAAGACUUCCAGGGGAUUAUGCUAUUGCUUCAGAACCUACCGACAGCCAACUGGACCAAUCAAGACAUCAGCCUCUUGCUAGCCGAAGCCUACAGUCUCAAAUACAUGUUUGCGGACGCGCCAAGACACUUGAACCAGCAGGCAAAGAAAUGAGACUUCCUACUCGUAGCCGCGGAACCGACACACUGAGACUUGUGGAAAGGUACUGUCUACCUGACCCUGACACGAAUCCCAAAAUUCAAAGCUGGUUGAAGACUGCAGCUGAUUCAACAUGUUUGGAUGCACUGACAUAGGUUACAUUUUUUCACAUUCAUUUUGCAACUUGCUUGUUGGGACUUGGCCAUGGUAAAAUCUCCUCGUUCUUGUAUGGAUACCGAUGAAAAGGCAAGCAGAUUGUCCCUCAGGCUGCUGAAUUUUUUCCUAAAAUGUACGGGAAAGCCGCAUUAGUGUUUUGAUUUCCUUGAAGAAUGGUGCGACCCCCUCUAACUGUACCUUGAAACAGGGUCUCGCAGGCAUCACCUCUGUUGAAUUGCAGACCUACACAAUGUGACGUUACGCCAACUUGAAGUCGAGUCACAGGUCAAGUCCAUUCACUAUUGUGGCCACACGUAGUGGGACAAACAGAGAGGACUGCCUUGGUUCUGAUUCAUUUGAAUAGCUUGUGAUGUGAUGUGGGCGUGGAUGACAAGGGAUUACCAUGAGAGGACUUGUGGACUCAACUAUGACACUUUGAAUAAGUGCACUGCAGCGAACCCACAUUUUUGUGCGCAUUCUGUUGAAAAAUUUCUUACGGUUAUUUGAUGCCAUUUUCAUGCAUGAAAUGUCUGCAAGUGCACACAGCAACUCUUACAUUUUCCACAAAGAGCCCAGAAGGUAGCAUCUUGAAACAAAGAACGUGUUGCUCGUGUCACUAAGAGAACCAACUGUCCUAGUAAGAUUCCUCACUUUUGAUACAGUGGUAUCGUGUCAUCUGGCAGAUGGUCCAAUACAGUGCCGGUGCAACUGUACUGAGACAAGCCCAUGUUUAAGUGGGAAUGCGAUUGAAAACAUGGUCCUUUCCCCUCAAAUUAUUCACAUUGGAUCUGUAAGUUUCCAAGUUGUGAAUUACUCAAACGUUGCUGUUGGAUAUGUACAUGUACUUGAAAACACAACCAUUCUGAAUGUUCCUCGUGAUUUUCUUGACAUUUCUACAUGUUUUGGUUCAAGGAAAGUUCCUGGGCCUAUUCCUAAAUGAGGUUUAUGCUGUGUGCAAGCACCAACACAAACCCCAUUGUUUUACGCUGAUUUAUUUCAUGGGAAGCCAUCAAGCGUACUCCACGCCAUACAGGUUUAAGGCAUAUAUGCUUCUUCCCAGGGGGGGACGUUUUUCCUGUGUUUAUCUCUCCUUUAUUUACGGAGUCUGUAUGAUCAGUACAUUCUUACAGUUAACAACAAUAUUAUUCUGGAAUGAAUAAUCAGGGAUCUCGGAUGUCUGGAGCAAGUGCAUUUCAGAGGAAUGUGGCCAACUACCAUGACAUGUAGAAUGGGAUGAUUAAUUCUAAGCAUGUCAGAAUUUAACCAAUGUAGCAUUCUCCUUGUUAUGCAAAUGAGGUAAAACCCAAACCGUUAGUCAUUUAUACCUGACAGCUAGAAUCAUUCAACUUUGGCCCAAAUAUUAUGUGCCCACCUUUCAUUUUGAGAAAAAUGCAAAAAACCUAAAAUUUAUAAGGGGUAGGACUAAUUUUGUUUCACUGUAUGCUCUCACUUCAUUGCAAGUGAUCCUGUGAUAUUCAAGCCAAACAUUAACCACAUCCGUACUCCAGGGCAUUCAUGUUCACCUUUACACCAUGGCUUGGCUUUAAACAAAGUUUGCCGCAGUAUCUCAAGGCAUAGAAAACAAAGACCCACCCAAAAUGAGACAGUGCCGGCGGGCAUGGAGUUUGUAAUACACAGCAUUGAACGUCACAAGGAACGUCACAAGAAACUUGCUUCAGGACGCAGAGUACCACUCGAGCUGAAUCAGAUUUGAAGUCUGAAUUGCAGUCAAAAUGAAGGCACUUAUUCGUACUAAGAUUUAGCAUGACUUUUUUCUUGCAGAUUUUUUUUCUUUUCCGGCUGUUGUCAACAGCUCAAACUUAUUUCACUCUGUAGCAUUUAUAGUUGAAUGGAAAUUAUUAUUAUUGAGACGUGAAUAUUUGGAAAGCAGUGGAAAUUUGCCAAUGUGAAUUUAUUUAUAUUUUAUAUUAUAAAAGAAAUCCUGUAUGUUUUCUGCCAUGAAAGAGAUGUUCUUUUAUUUGGAGUGAGAUAUCACAAAGCUUGCUUAUUUGAUACAGCAUGGUAGACAAGUCUAGUACAUGUAACCGAGAUUUUGUACGAGAAGUAAUGCUUCAUUCACAAUGGAUUCGAAUGAAAGACACAAAAAAAUGGGAAAAUUGCAAUUGUGGCCGACUAACCUUUGGAAGUCUGGAGACAUGUUUCAGUCGUGCUUGGAACGUAUUAAAGUUGGCCAGAGUGGACGGCUUAGUUCCACUAGUUUGACUUCUCUGGAAA